AGACCCCCCCACAACCCCCCAGGUUGGCCCAGGCUGCACCUCCAGGUCUGGCACCAGGAUUCUCUGGGCCGUUCGGAGCUGCUGGGUUACGGUUUCUGCCACAUCCCCUCCUCCCCGGGCUGCCACUCUCUGUCCUGCGUCACCUGGCGCCCGCGGGGGUCCGGCGUCACCCAGCGCCUCCGUCAGCGCCUUUUGGGGGGGGGUCCCCAACUCAGAGCCCCCGACCUCAUCUACUCCGGCGCCGAUCGCUUCCGCCUGCGCACCGAAGCGGCCGGCACCGUGCACGUGGAGCUGGGGGUGCUGCUGAGGCACUUUGAGCGCUAUGGGGUGCAGUGCUAGGGGGGAGGGGGCGUG